GUGGUCGACGCUUGACAGGAAAGGUUAGUUGAUCAUGAGGGCUUAGCCACGGCUUGUGCCGCAUCGAGUUGAAGUUUGUUUUGAUGUUUUAUCACGUAGGAUAAAUCUAAUACUACAAAGAGACCGUUUGGGAAUUAAUAGAGUGCGAUUAAAAUCGACGAAACACCGUGAGGAAGUGUUCAGACGUCUGUAAUGACCGAAAUUAAACGGAAGUAGCUUUUGCGAGUGUCUUGAUGCCAAAACUAGCAGUCAUGGAGUUGGGCAGGCAACUGUGUGGGAAGAUGAAAAAACAGAGGAAGGGGGAGAUGACCGUCCCAGCCGCCAUGAAAGGACUUGAAAUCCACUUCUACCUGCCCGACACACACCAGCUUGAGUACUUCAAAGACUGCCACACUGCGGAGGACAUCUGCACAGAGGCUGCCAAGAGAUGCCACAUCUCGCCUCUGUGCCACAACUUGUUUGCGCUGUAUGAAGAGAGCCAGGAUCUCUGGUACGCUCCCAACCAUGUGUUUAAGAUCACAGAGGAGACCAGCAUCAAACUUCACUACCGGAUGAGGUUUUAUUUCACAAACUGGCACGGCACCAGCGAAUCAGAGUCUCCGGUUUGGAGACAUUCUCUCAGCAAGCAGAAAGGCGGUUUAACCUCUCAGAAGGGGCCCGAGGGGACGCCUUUGCUUGAUGCCGCGUCUCUCGACUACCUGUUUGCACAGGGUCAGUAUGAUUUUCUGAGGGGUCUGGCUCCCGUGCGUAAUCCCCAGAAUGAGGCGGAACAUCAUGAGAUAGAGAACGAGUGUUUGGGAAUGGCCGUUUUGGCUAUUACCCAUCACGCCAAGGGCAAUAAUCUGCCCCUGUCAGGAGCCGGAGCUGAGAGCAGCUACAAACGUUUCAUUCCGGACAGUCUGAACCGCACCAUCAAGCAGCGCAACUUCCUUACGCGAAUGCGAAUCAACAACAUGUUCAAGAACUUCCUAAAUGAGUUCAACAGCAAGACCAUCCAGGACAGUAACAUCACCCUCUAUGACCUGAAGGUGAAGUACCUGUCCACUCUCGAGACACUCACCCAAGGCCUGGGGCGAGAGACUGUAGAGCCCAAAAACCUCAAAGUAUCAGGAGAGAACGAGGGCUCGCCGGCCCACUCUCUUCCCUUGGGGGAGGAUGGAAUGGGCUAUGAGGUGCAAGUAUCUGGAACCACUGGGAUCUCUUGGAGGAGAAAGCCCUUACCGAAUCUUUUGAUGGUCAAAGAGAAAAAUAAAUCGAAGAAGAACAAGAAUGACAGCAAGCAGAAAAACGACAAAAAGAAUGAGUGCAUCAACGGCUGGACGCUUUUCUCUGACUUUUACGAAAUCACCCACAUCGUCAUUAAGGAGUCUUGUGUCACCAUUUACAGACAAGACAAUAAAACCAUGGAGAUGGAUCUAUUUUAUCGGGAUGCGGCUCUAUCUUUUGUUACGCUGGUGGAUGGUUACUUCAGACUGACUGUGGAUGCCCAUCAUUACCUAUGCACAGAUGUGGCACCUUCAUCUGUGGUCCAGAAUUUAGAAAAUGGAUGUCAUGGACCCAUCUGCACAGAGUAUGCCAUUCAUAAACUACGUCAGGAAGGGAACGAAGAAGGGACCUACAUCCUGCGCUGGAGUUGCACAGACUACAACUACAUCAUCAUGACUGUUGUCUGCUUUGAGAUGGAACUGUCUGAGUCCAGGCCCGUUCCCCACUAUAAAAACUUCCAGAUUGAAUCAAGUCCUCAGGGCUACAGACUGUUUGGGACAGAUAUGUUCAGACCCACUAUGAGGGAACUCCUGGAGCACCUGCAGGGCAAGAGUCUGCGCACGGAGAACCUGUGCUUUAAGCUGCACAGAUGCUGCCCACCGCAGCCCAGAGAAAUUUCCAACCUGUUGGUGAUGACCAUAAACCGAGAGCCUGACCCCCAGAGACAACCUCAUGUCAGCCAGCUGAGUUUCCAUCGCAUCCUUAAGGAGGAGAUAGUGCAGGGCGAGCAUUUGGGUCCGGGUACGAGGACCAACAUCUACGCUGGUGUUCUGAAGCUGAAGAAUGAGGAUGACGAUGAGAUGGGUGGAUACACACAGGAGGUGAAAGUGGUGUUGAAAGUGCUGGGCUUAGCACACAGAGACAUCUCUUUGGCCUUCUUUGAGACCGCCAGUAUGAUGCGACAGAUCUCUCACAAACACAUCGUCCUGCUUUAUGGAGUGUGUGUUCGUCACCAAGAGAAUAUCAUGGUGGAGGAGUUUGUUCAGCAUGGUCCUCUGGAUCUCUUCAUGCGCAUACAGACCACCCCUCUCACCACCCAGUGGAAGUUCCAGGUUGCCAAACAGUUGGCCAGUGCCCUCAGUUAUCUGGAGGAUAAGAAGCUGGUUCAUGGAUACGUGUGCAGUAAGAACAUUCUAGUGGCUCGAGAUGGUCUGGACGAAGAGGGAGGACCCUUCAUUAAACUGAGUGACCCCGGCAUACCCAUUACUGUAUUGAGCAGACAGGAAUGUGUGGAAAGGAUUCCGUGGAUUGCUCCUGAGUGUGUACAGGACACGGCUAGUCUGAGUGUGGCCGCUGAUAAGUGGGGCUUUGGCACAACUCUAUGGGAGAUUUGUUAUAAUGGAGAGAUGCCUCUAAAAGACAAGAAACUCACAGAGAAGGAGAUGUUUUAUUCAGCCCAGUGUCAGUUGGCCACUCCUGACUGUGAAGAACUGGCCAAACUCAUGACCCACUGUAUGACCUAUGACCCCCGGCAGAGACCCUUCUUCAGAGCCAUUGUCAGAGACAUCGACAUGGUGGAAAAACAGAACCCUUCCAUUCAGCCAGUUCCCACGCUCGAGGUGGACCCUACUGUAUUCGAGAAGAGAUUCCUCAAGAAGAUCCGAGACCUCGGAGAGGGUCAUUUCGGGAAGGUUGAGUUGUGUCGGUAUGAUCCUCGAGGUGAUCGGACCGGAGAGCUAGUGGCCGUGAAGUCUCUGAAGCCGGAGAACUGUGAGGAGCAGAGCAGUAACCUGUGGUGUGAGAUUCACAUCCUGAGAGAGCUUUACCACGAGAACAUCGUCAAAUAUAAGGGCAUUUGUCAUGAAGAAGGCGGAAGAUCCAUUAAGCUCAUCAUGGAGUUUUUGCCGGCUGGCAGUCUGAAGGAAUACCUGCCCAGAAACAAAGCUAACAUCGACCAGAGAACCCUCCUGAGCUAUGCGGUGCAGAUCUGCCAGGGCAUGGACUACCUUGGUUCUCGAAACUACAUCCACAGAGACCUGGCGGCACGUAAUGUUCUGGUAGAGAACGAGAGCACGGUGAAGAUCGGAGACUUCGGCCUGACCAAAAGCAUUAAGGACAAUGAAGGCUACUACACGGUGAAAGAUGACCUGGACAGCCCUGUGUUCUGGUACGCUCCAGAGUGCCUGAUCCAUUGCAAAUUCUACAGGGCGUCUGAUGUCUGGUCUUUCGGAGUGACCAUGUAUGAGCUUCUCACGUACUGCGACACCUCAUGCAGCCCUAUGUCGGUAUUCCUCAAGAUGAUUGGUCCAACACACGGUCAGAUGACUGUCACCCGAUUGGUCAAAGUCCUGGAUGAGGGAAAGAGGCUUCCGAAGCCAGAUGGCUGUUCUGAGAGGGUGUACAAUCUGAUGAGAGGAUGCUGGGAGGCGACACCCAACAAACGGAUUGAAUUCAAAGACCUGAUCGCCGCCUUUCAGCAAAUGAUUGACAAUCAGUAACCGCGGAACUAAAAUGGGACACAUACUCCGCCUCUUUUGCCUGAGACACCAUAAAAAAAUAUAUAAAAACAAAAAAGGCGUAUAAAUGUGCAGUGUAGCACUCUUUCAGAUAUAUUCUCCCUCUACUCUAUCACACACAUUGUGACCUCAUAGAUUAUCUGCAGGUCAUUUGAAUUGCAAAUGAAAGGAAGAAAACCUGCUAGAACCACUGAAGCGGACGUCAAGACACGUAACUGCCAGUCGUUUGAUUGGCUUGUUUUUUCAAAUCCAUACACGAGUGGAGAAAGAAGUUCACGCAUCCUGUCCUGCUCUUGACUCGAGUGACACCUCUUCUGCUUCUUAUUGUGCCGUCACAGAGCCUCCACCGUGCUGCAUGUAUAAAUGACCCAAUAUUUCCCAUGAUGCAUUACAGCAUGUGCUGUAUUGGAAGCUGCCCAAGGUAUGUGCGAUACCAGAGCCCAUCUCUGCGAAAUGAACCUCAUUGUGGUUAAAAGAAGACUGUUUUCCCGCUGAGGACCAGGGAUGUGUCAAAACCCAGAUUUACACACGGGGUCGGUGGUUUAGAGCGUUAGAGGGGAUGGCGCCCCUUCUUCUCGGACUGUUGACGUGCAAAGUAUGUCGAACGCUCUAAGAUUGUACUUUCGGGUAUGUGUGCGAGAGAAUACGUCUUCGUUGACUGUCCGGCAGACAGCUGUCAUCCUUCAUGGAACGGGAUUGGAAUGUCGGGAAAUUCCACACGUGCCGAAUCACUGAACUUGUGUGCAGCGUUUACGAACUAAAGAGUGAUUGUGAGAAUGUUAUAUUGAUGUGGAGACAUUGCUUGACUGAUAUGCCUACAAUAGGCACUAGGGGACAGUAGAGCUUAUGAAAUGGCUCCCAAGAAAUAAUCAAAUGCGAUGGGCAUGCGGAAUUGUGGGCUCUAACUUUCAUAAACUGAAUUAACCAUUUGCUUCUAUAAAAUACCGUAGUAUUUUAUCUGUUCUGUUUUUUUAUCAAAAUGGAAUUAAACUCGAACUAUAAGUGA